AUGGCAGCAGCACCUCGUGAAGGUAUAGCAUGGUUUUUGAAAGAAAGUCUUAAAAGCCCAGGCUAUAAUGGCGAGAAGUCGGAAGACUUCUAUUCGUGGAUGCUUCUCGAAGUCGUUUACAACGCGACAGAAGACGAAGCAUACGCGUUUCCCCCGCCAUUAGCGUACCCCAAUCACCCAAGAACCGAACAACAAGUCUUUCCGGGUGGUGCUUACAGGACCGGGUACGGCCGCUAUGAAUUUAUGACCGCAAUGUACGGCCCUAGCGCCGAGGACAUCAAGCGCACAUAUCGCCUCAAAUGCAAUAUCAGUCGUGGUCAGCUGUGGCGUCAAACAGGCUCUGCUGCUGUUUGCUACGUCGCAGUUCCUCGACCAACUAAAGAGGAACGCUUCUUCUGGGUCGAUCUGACAUACCCUAUCAGGGCCAUUUACAUUCCCUGCGCUUUUACUGCUCAUCCCCAGUACAAGGGACAUGCAAUUUUCUCGCGUCUCGAUGUCCGUGGUCGCAAGGGGAUACCACAAGCAUAUGUUAUCAAAGAUCAUAACCAGAAUUUGAUCACCCAAGCCCAGAAAGCUAUAAAUGACUGGAACAACGCAGAUGUGUAUCACAACUGGGCCUGGGGUAAAAAAAUGAACAGACUCAAGGCAGUGCACCGAAAGAUAUCGAAUAGAGCCAAGGAAACCGGACCCGAAGGCCCUCCAAUACAGGAGCCUGGACUCAUACCUGGCUUUGUUAAGGCUGAUGGAAAGGCACCAAGUCAGAUUUAUGCUAAGGCCAGCUAUGCCCAAGACACGGUGGCAGAUGAGACAACAGGAUUGGGGAUGCGGCCUCAAUGGACACUUCGAAUUGAUGUUUUCAAGUUUGCAUGCCAGCUUUUGGUUCCAUAUAAAGAUCGUACCGAAGAGUACAGGGAUUUAUAUGCUUGCUUUGCCCUAUUCGACAGGCGUUGUGUCCAUGGAUCAAAAGUUAUCGCGGAUAUUGACAUGGCUCAAUCCAUCGAUUGGGCCAAAGCACAGGGGAAAGAGGCCGGCCUCAAGAUACAAUACGUGACGGAAGAGCCGGAUGAAAAGUUUAUCAAAGAUCUCUUUGUUGGCUUCAUCGCCGUGGGACUGGGCUUCAUCCCAGUCAUUGGACCCCUUGUGGCGUUUGGCUUCACUGUCACAUACGAGCUAUUGGAAGAUUCGGAAAAGUUCACAAAGGCUGCAGGGAUUGGCGGUAAAACACCGGCCUUUACACAGGCGUGUGUUGAUUCUCGUGAGGGAUUGAAACCUAUAUUGAAGGCGGGUUUCAAGGCUGUAUUCAAGGGGCAUUUGCAAGCCGCUCCUAAAAAAAGUAUUCAAGUCGAUACUGGCGAAGAGAAAGUCGAGAAUGGCGAUAAAGAAGAUACAUUCCAUCUUGUCAUUGAAGCGGGAGAAGCAGAAGUGCUUCAAGCUCGUGGAAAUUUUGUUGCUUAG